UGUCGAAAAGCAGCAGCAGCAUGGAUCGCGAAGUGACGCCGCAAAAGACGCGCCGAGGCAACGCUGGCGGCCGGGCCAAGGCCAAAGGCGGCGGCCGUGGCUCGGCGCCAACCCCGCGCCCCGCGCCGAUGCCAACGCCAACGAUCUUGCGGGCCGCACCGCCCCCGGCCGUCGCGACGCUCUUCAACCCAGACCAGCCACGCCAGCAAGUGCAUCCGCAAGGCCACCAGAAGCUGUAUGAGCCCAACUCGUCGCCGUUCUCGCCGCCAGGACCGCUCUCGCAGCCGGCGCAACGUCCUGGUGUCAGGGCGAAAGCCGACCCCGUGCCACAAAUCCAUACGGCCAAGACGGUGCUCGCCGCCGAGCAGCAAAACGCGCCAGUCAGCAGCCGCGGCUGGAAGCUAGUCAACGCGCAGCUUCAGUUUUGUGCAGACCUAGCACAACCUGCGAGCUGGGCCGAGCUCACGCAGUACCAGGUCGUGGGCUGCAUUGGGCUGGAGGGCGUCGGCAAGUCGACACUUCUCUCGAUGCUGGCAAACCAAAGCCCGUCGACGACGAACGCGUGGUUUCCGAUCCAGACCCUGGACUGCAAACUUAACGGCAAACACCAAACCAGUGGCAUCGACAUGUGCAUCACGGACGACAAUGUGGUGCUCCUCGACUGCCAGCCCUUCUUGAGCAGCUCCAUGCUCCACGAGAUGAUUCAGAAGCACGAAUCGCCCAAGUUCAACGCACUCCCGCUCGACCAGCAGCUCGAAGUCGCUGCACUUCAACUGCUCGUCUUCCUCUUCUCCGUCUGUCACCACGUCCUCGUCGUCUCGGACACGCCGAGGGACCACGACCUCGCAGAGCUCUUGCAAUGCGGCGAAGUCCUCAAGCAGCGCGUGCCGAGUAUUUCAGGCGAGCUCACCGAGCACUGCGCACAGGCCAUUUUCGUUCAGACCAAGACACCACUUCGAUAUGCCGACUCGGCGCUGGCAUGGCUGCAGACAACGCACGGUGCAUCUCUCUUUGCGUCCAGCACACCGUCCUUACCCGUCUUUGCCCUCCCUCGUCUCGACGCACCAAGCUUUCCCGCGGCGUGGGAUGCCUUCGCAACGUUCAUGCAGCACCUCCCCAAGACGUCACUGACGCAGAAGAAAGGCCACACGCUUCUCUCGUUGAAAGAGUGGGUGCAAAACGCGGCGCGCAUUUACGAGAGUUUGCGCAAGUCGAGCUCGAUGGGCGACUACAGCCGUUUGCUUCAAAAAGCAUCGUCGUCGGCCUCAGGCAAGUGAACUGCAGUGGCAACGGCGCUCGGGCUUCAUGCGACUGAUGUCGCCCUUGGAUGCGCGCAGCUUUUCAUGGAUCAGCUGCGCGAGCUCGGUCUUGAGCCGGUGGAUCUCGCG